GCGGCUCCUGCGGCCAUGGGGCGGCCGUGGGCCGGGUGGCUGCUGCCCAUCGCCCUCCUGCAGCUGCUGGGCCCUGUCGGCGCCUGCCCCUGCCGGGACCCGCGGCUGUGCCAGCCCGUCACGGGUCCCGCCGGCUCCGAGGUCUUUGUGUUUGAUGUAGGGGAGGAAACCUGGAAAUCCUACGACUGGUCAAAAAUUACCACUGUGGCAGCUUUUGGAAAGUACGAUCCUGAGCUCAUGUGCUAUGCUCACUCCAGAGGCUCAAGGAUAGUACUGAAAGGUGAUGUGCCUCUUAAGGAAAUUAUUGAUCCUGCUAAAAGAGCAGCAUGGAUAUCCCAACAGGUGGACCUUGCAAAAAGACAGUAUAUGGAUGGAAUAAACAUAGAUAUAGAGCAAGAAGUUAAUGAAACCUCCCCUGAAUAUUAUGCAUUGACAGAGCUUGUUAAGGAAACUACAGAUGCUUUUCACAGAGAAAUAGCUGGAUCACAGGUAACGUUUGAUGUGGCUUGGUCUCCAGCAUGCAUAGAUAAAAGGUGCUACAACUACACUGCGAUUGCAGAUGCCUGUGACUUCUUAUUUGUGAUGUCAUAUGAUGAACAGAGCCAGAUCUGGACAGACUGUGUUGCAAAAGCCAAUGCUCCUUACCUGCAGACUUUAGUUGGAUAUGAGAAGUACAUUGCUAUGGGCAUUGAUCCUAAGAAGCUUGUGAUGGGUGUCCCCUGGUAUGGCUAUGACUAUGUCUGCCAAAACCUAUCCAAGGAUCAUGUUUGUUCCCUUCCCAAAGUGCCUUUCCGUGGAGCUCCUUGCAGUGAUGCUGCAGGGAGCCAGGUCCCCUACUCAACCAUCAUGAAGCAGGUGAACAAUUCUCUUUCAGGGGUGCUCUGGGAUGAGCUACAGAAGGCUCCAUUUUAUGAGUACAAGGAUUCUGUUGGUCAAUUCCACCAGGUAUGGUUUGAUGACCCUCACAGCAUCUCUCUAAAAGCAGCAUAUGUGAAGAGUCGAGGCUUAAGGGGCAUUGGCAUGUGGAAUGGAAACAGUCUUGACUAUUCCAGAGAACCUGUAGCAGAACAACAAACUCAGGCAAUGUGGCAAGCUCUGACACCAUAAGAACUAUGUGAACCCUUGAUUUAGAAUGAUGAAAAUUGGCAAUUUUUUAUUUUGGCUUGCACUAUCAGAGAUUUUGAUUUUGUACAAAUAUAUUGUGAUUACAAAAACUCUAAAAACUAGACAAACUAAUCUUGUUAUUUUGUAUGCAAAACUGUAUUUUCAUUCUUCAGAACAUUCCAAUGUUGCUUUGGAACAACAAUCCUUGCAGCAGUAGGUUUUUUCUAGGACAGCUCAUCUCUAAUUUUUCGCAGUUACUGUGAGGUAGUUAAGGCUUGAACCCAGUGUGUAUCUGGUAACAAGACCAACUGAUGGAUUUACAGGGGCAGUCUCAUAAGGAUGUUUUGCUAAAGCUGCCAGGUGCAGCAAAUCUCUCUCUUCCUGUGUUACAUGGUGCAGUCUCAGCCUUCUGACUUCCCAACCCAAACAAUAUUUAGCUAAGUCACUCUAGAAUCAGAUUAAACUGAAUACUGGAGAGACAGAUUGUUGAUUAUAUGCACCUUGGUUACUCUUCUGAUGAAAUGAUUUUUAUGGACUGAAGAAAUUACAUAACAUGAAGUAGUUGCUGUUAAGAUUUAUGUCAAACUUGUUGUUAAAAAGGAAUAUUCAAUAAACUCCAGUUUC